AUGCCUCACGAUGUGAAUGUAUAUGAAACAUCAUCUAGCAGUCAAUCCGAAAGAUCAAUUAACAAUUCAAAUGGUAAUGAGUCUUUCGAAAAUCAAAAUGGUUCAAAAUUAACUAUACAAGUUUUCAAUCGUUUUCAUAUUCAAAUAGAAUUAGUACAUAUUGAAGAUUUUCCUAAUGAAUCACCGAAACGAUAUGACAAAAUUUGUUCACAAUGGAAUAGUGAAGAAUUUAAGGAUUUUCCACAUUUUGUACAGACACAAACAAACCCACUUCAUGAUGGACCUUGCAAUUAUGCUCUUGGAUUGCCAGUCAUCAGAGCAUCAACAACAAAUGAAAAUAAUGAUUAA